UUCCAUGCCAUCAAAGGGCGAGAAUGGUGAAAAAGUAAAUUACUACUGCACGGAAGCUCCGAGACGUUUCAAUGUUAAUUUCAUUCCACAUACGAUGAAAUUUGUACGAGUCUGUUCGGAAAAUUCACUGCCUUAUGGAUGAAAAACCAGAUGGUUAGAUCGGGGAAAUCAUUAGAACUGCAACGGUAUUGGUGGACUUGUGAAAGAUUAUGUGUGCAUUCCAGUUUGCGUGUAUUAUGUAGCAGUUUAUAUUGAGUGGAAUGAAGCGUCGAGACAAGCUUUUUAAUAGUGGUUAAAAUGAACGGCUGGUGUAUGUGAUGCUUCGCGGUUUUCGACAUUUCGAAUUAGAGAUUUUCAAUGAAAGAUUUUCGGGAUGCUUGUCAGUAGUUGUGAUUUUUCUGGGUUGUCCGUAUGCAACUCAGCUCUACUGUCCUCCCCAUUGCUGGUGCAGUUGAACAGUGACAUUUUAUUAUGCUAGACUGUGAAAAAAUACUUUUCUUGGCGUGAAUAGUGUGAUAGAUGGGUACCAGUGAAAGAGAGGAGUUUAUUUACCCAUAAAUAAACAUUCUCAGAGUGUUGAAAAUGUUUACCGGUUUACUGAUUAAUCAAUUUCCAUUGACUACGUACAACGUCAUUCAGGUCUAGAGAUUUCCAACCCAAUCGUUUCAUCGUCUGUGGCCGCCAGACUGCGCCCGAAAAGUAACAUUUCAACCGAACGUACCGACUCAUAUCGCUUCUCGAUGGCGAACCUAGAGGAAACACACGAAGCCGAGCUGGAUGCAAUCCUGGGCGAGCUUAACCUGUUGGAACAGCGUGGUGAACUACGACAAGGCAGGAGCCACAGUCGGAGCAAUUCAACCAUUUCUGCUGCCACAAAUACAACGAUUUCUUCCGAGAGCGGCUGUAGUAGUGUUCCGGACAGUACCGCAAGCAUAAGUUCUUUGCGCGAGCCGAGAACUGACAGCCCGGACAAUGAUUCCGCCUUCAGCGAUACUGUUUCGCUCAUGUCGAGUGAGUCAUCCGCGUCCAGUAGCGUUAGUUCGCACACGAAAAAUCCUCACCAAGGUAACCAAGGUGCUUUGGACACGGGAAAACAGGCUAAAAUUCAUCUGGCGCUACAGAAGCUGGAGCAAGCUACCGUGAGGCGCCUUUUCGUAAAAGCUUUCUCGGCUGAUGGGGCGUCAAAGUCACUGCUCGUAGAUGAAACGAUGAUUUGCGGGCAUGUCACUCGGUUGCUGGCCGAUAAAAAUCACGUGCAAAUGGAGCCAAACUGGGCUAUCGUUGAACACCUGCCGGAAUACCAGAUGGAACGUUUGUUCGAGGAUCAUGAGCUUCUGGUUGAUAACUUGAUGAUGUGGAGUAGAGAUUCAAAAAAUAGGGUAAUGUUCCUACAGCGCCCGGAUAAGGUGUUUCUGUUUAAAUCUCCUGAGCUAUUCCUUCCUGGAACACAGAUGGCACCAGGGAGUGACCACGAUGAACACACAAGAGCAAUGCUCCUGGACGAGUUCUUCUCCACCAAUAGUCAAAUUCCACUCGAAGGUCCACUCUAUAUGAAAAGUGAUUCCAAAAAAGGCUGGAAGAAGUACCAUUUUGUGUUGCGCGCCUUCGGUCUUCACUAUUAUCCCAAGGAACAAAAAUCUCGAUCUGCGAAGGACCUUUUGUGCCUGGCUCUAUUCGCUGGACAUGAGGUUUAUCGGGGCAUCGGGUGGAAGAAGAAGCACAAAGCCCCCACGGAUUUCACGUUCGCACUGCGCUGUCCGAAGGUUCCGCCAGGUGCAAAAGGCAUACGUUCAGUGAAAAUGCUCUGCGCUGAAGAUGCCACGAUUUUGGAAAGAUGGGUUACCGCUAUCCGGGUUACAAAGUACGGAAAGAAAAUACUCGAUAACCAUAGAUCUCUGGUGGAAGAUCUGGCUCGUGAAGAACUGGACAAAUUGUCUUCGGCUCGUAGUGGAUCGAUGGGAAGUAUUAUUUCUUCUGUUCAAUCGCAAUGCAGCAAUAUCACAACCAGCAGCGGAUGUAGCAUAAAUCAUUUAGUUCCUGUUCAUAAUAAUGGCCGAUUGUCACGUGCAUCAAGCUCCAGCUCGAGUGGUUGUUUGUCAGACGACAACAAUGGAUUCGAUUCGGAAUUUCCGACCGGUACAAUCAAGCGCAAACCAUCGAUGAAGCCAAAUCUACCGCUAACCUCAAUGACCAGGCAAUUGAAGGAGGUAGGGGAAACUACACGUUUGAAUGAUCCAUCACCGGCAUCCCCGGAGCGUGGAGGAACACUAACCAGGCGUCACAGUCGAAGGAGAAGCGAAGAAAGUAACAACAGUGGCACGUUGAAAAGAAGACCCACAAACAAUCGAGGAUCAAUCGAAAGUAUGAGUUCUUCAGCAUCAACGCCAACUCCAACCAAUAGUAUUCCGGGUACACCGGUAAAUCAACAGCAGGUGCCAACAUUAGUUCUAAAUAGUAGCAAUAUAGCUGUUCAACAAACUAACGUAGCACCUCCGACGCCUACGAAACCAAUAACGUCGCUGGAAGCAAUGCCUUCGUGUAUGACCGACUCAACAUUUUCACUGCCACCGCCACCGGAUGAUCUCGGAACAAAUUUUUCAGGUUCUACACUAUCGCUAGACUCGCUACCACCGCCGCCGCCGCCAAACGAGUUAGAUAAUAGUUUUAGUGGAUCUCAGAUGUCGCUAGUAAGUUUACAGAUGCCGCUGCCGCCACCGCCGCCGCCACCAAAUGUGGUAUCAGUGCAAUCUCAACCGAUAGUAGAAGAAGAAACCAACAGCUAUCAUCAAACAGCAUCAACCGGUGUCACGAUACCACCACAAGCUGUUGCUUCUACAAAUGAUGGUCUCGAAGUUACUAAUAGCAUUAAGCAUUCGAUAAUGAAAUACAAUAGUCAUACACUUCCGCUUCUUGGCACAAACAACAACAACAAUGUUGUGAUUGAACCAAUAUACUCAAAAACUAUGAAACCAUCCGCCUUGAAAGCCCCUCCAUAUAAGGCUCCACCGCCGUACAACGGAGACUCGUCAUCGGUGAACCAAACACCUCCGCCACCAGUCCCGGCGAAAAGUGUUUCAUUUGCCGAAUCACCAGUGCUACUGAGGCGGAAAGUCUGCUUCGAGGAUGAAAUUCUCGAUAUGCCGACUUCACCUCGCAGAACAUCUCGUGACAUCUACUCAACUGCACCGGUUCCACCGCCAAGGGCGGAAGCGACACGUCUGUCAACUUCGUACACCUCACCAAAGCGGUUGAGUGAUUCCGCUUCCAACCCUCCGCGUGAUUUCCUCAAGGACCUGCAAAGGGUGAUGAACAAAAAGUGGCAAAUUACUCAGAAAUGCAAACUAGAACCCGCUACAACACCGCAUGAGGUUCUCGGAUUCCGGGACAUGCCCAACGAGAGCUAUUCGUCGCACUACUACAGGGAAUCGGCAAACGUAAGUCACUGGGUGCAAGAGCAUUAUGGUUCCGAUAGUUUGUAUGAAAAUUUGGGCAAUAAUAUGGGAGCGGAACCCAACUAUCCUAUUGUUCAGCAAGCCGUCGUUGGAUCAAUAAAAAAGAGGCCUCCUCCACCACCGCCCAAGAGGAGCGAGAAGACGCAACUCACAACUAUGGCGCCCCAUCAGAGGUUAUAAGAUUGGGCUCUGAUAGGGUUCUCCAGCUGUCUGAUGACAGUGAGGAGGACCGUCUGUUGCACGCUGGCGAAGAAUGGUUCUCCGGAUAAUGUUCGUGAAGUGUAAAUAGAUGGUGAUGAGCGCUAGGGUAAUUUUUUAGUAUCAAUAAAAAGGGUUGAUACGCUUUGUUCAUUGGAUACGAUCUGGUUUAACAGAGAAGAAUGAGACUGGGAUUAGCCACAAAGUUAAAAUUCCGCGGCUCCGUGUGCGGGUUAAAUUUGAAUGUAGAAUAAUUAAAGUACAGUUCGCCAUAAAUACGAAUGACAUGAUAAUGAUCCAGAAUCAUUUGAACAUUGAGGAUUGUGAUGAACUUUAAAAAAAAGUGACAUAAUUUAUUGAAUCUAAAAUCUAAAAGAGAAUAAUAUAAAAUAAGAAGUAAUAUAUUUUUUACAAACAUACAGUCUAAGGGAAAUAAAUUAUGAAUUUAAUCAAUAGGGGAAGGUGGCCCUCAUCCGACCCCCUAAAUUGCAAUGGCAAUUCAUCACAAAAAAUAUUGUUUUUUGACGACUUCGGCAUUGAAAUGUAUAGUAUAACUUAACUAUGUUUUCUACCAGUCGAAAGGUUCUUGGUUCUUUCGAGGUUCUUGAGUGUGAAAAAAGGGGAAAACAGUCCAAAUCGGAAGUGCCUUUUUUCGACAUGUUCAAAAAUGGUGGUCCUGAACCGACUCCCUAUUUUUGCAGCAAAUCUACUACCAAUUGGCCGGAAAUGACAUACACCCCCAAUUAUAUAGGUAAUGUGUGAAAAUAACUGACGAACGGCAGUCGAAUAUAAUCUUGCUUUGACUUCUGAUUUGAUGACGGAACACCCAUGCGAUAUCUUUAACGAUAACUUUAACAACGGAAUAUCCUAUUCCGAUGUCAUUUUGGAAUCGGUGAUGGCAACCUCUGGUUCAUUUAAAACGCCCCUAAAAGACCAAAAAUGAGAAUGAUAGCUCUUGCGUACGUGAAGAAGAAUGGUAAAAGAGCAGAUGGUGUUGGAGUGAAAUAGAGAUUGUAAUGUUGGAGUGAAAAUGAGAUAAUAUUAGAGAUAAACGGAUACGGUAUACGGAUAAGAUUGGGUGAAACGUGAAUAUAAAAAAGGUGUCAAACGAUAUAAACAAUGAGAGAGCCGCCUACAAUCAAUUCUAUUGCCUAUUUUUUCGAACGACUUCAGGGUUCCCUUUAUUCGAAAUAUCAAUCAGUAAGGAAAUUAUUUGACGUUUGUUGACGUGUUUCAUUUUACUUUCCUUUAAUAGUUUUUUUUUAUUAUUAUUUAUUACAAUAAUCUCACUCUUUUAUGUUCUUCUCUUGUUCUACUAGCUUCAUUUCUUCUCGUUGCUUCUUGCUUGAAGUUUAUUUAUAACUUCUUUCUGCUGCUUUUUCAAUUCUUGUAACUUCUUGUUUUUUUCUUUUAUUUUUCCUCCAAAAUAUAUAUUUUAUUGAGGCACAUAUGGCGUUAGCCUGACAGGGCCGGGAGUUCAAUAUUUUGACAAUUUUUGUCUUACGACUAUGUUAGUAAUAUGUAACCGAUUACUCGCGAUUGGCUCGAGGUUAGUGUUACAAAGAUUCUCAUAAUUGGGUUGUUGCAGUCUCCAGUGCUCUGUAUGUGUGGCCGACACGGGUUUUCUACUUGUUGCUUUUUAUUGUCCAUUUUCACAUUUUCUAAAUAUUCGCGUUUCUCUUUUUGCUGUUGGAGUUUAUCCUGCUUGGAUAUCUCACUGAUACGACGUUGUAUUUCUUCUUCUUCGAUUUUUAUCAAUUUCUUCACCAUCUGCCAAAUCAUCGUCCGUCCUGGCUUACGACUUCUUUGCUUCUUCUGAAUGCGUGGUGGAGCUUUCGGGAAUGGCGAAAGCGAUUCAGUUGUCGAACUACAGAAUAACGAUCGGUCGAUGGUUUCAUUUUCUUCUGCUUGGUGUGAUGGUUCAUUUCUUUCCUCUUCAUUUUCAUUUUCGUCUUCAUCAACACUUGUUGGAUCUCGGCGUUAAAUCGUUAUCUUUGAAUAUGUCCGAAUCAAUCGGCCGAAUUCCAGUGGCUCUUCAAAUCCGGCUUUUAUGUUCCUUUCAUCAGCUCCAACCUCCAGAGCUCGUGCCACGAGCGUUUUUGAAAGUUUUUCAAAAAUUCUAGAAAUAACUCUACAUUAAUUCAUCCACUCGUAUUUGCCGAUACAGCUUGAACAAGUGUCACCAAUUGUCCACGCUCGGCAGAUAUGAUUGACCCGAUCACAACGAGAUAUAACAUGGACUGUUCUAUGCACUGUAGAUACACCCGUUUCAUCGACAUUCCAGAUAUCGCAUGGUCCGAUAUUUAUUUCAUUCAUUACAUGAAAGUUAUUAGCGAAGAAGGCAGCAAAUUCGUUGGAUCAAAUGCGCUGGUUCUGCCUAAGCUAGUGGCUUCAAGUUUUCUCAGUGAUAAUUUUGGAUUUCAGGACAUGAAAGAGCGAAACCAUUCUAAGCCGGCCAAAUCAUCUCGAUUCCAAGAGGGCGGACAGUCAACAUCCAGUUGUCUGACGCACGCAGAAGGUGGUUUUCGAUAGAUGCUUCUUGUGCAGCGCUGAACACCUUCAAAACAAGAAUUGAAAUUGUUAAAAGAAAUAUACGAUAGAUUUCUAGUACGAUAGUAUUUACCAUUCUGUGGCCUUUCUCCACAAUUUUAAUAUUUACCAACUUAUCGUUGAAGACGGCGCCAGUGGUUGUAUGGUUAGCGUAACAGCCUCACAAUCCGAUCGGCCUGGGUUCAAUCCCAGCUGGCGUCGUUGGGAUUUUCUGAGGCGAAAAAUCUCUGGUUACGUCUUCCUUCGGAGCGGAAGUAAAAGAAGUUGGCCCGGCUCAUGAGUUGUUGAGUCUGAUAGGUAGGAACAGGUGGAGUCGCCUCCCUGAUGUCGGUGAUUGGCACUAAAGUGGCGGAAAUAGGCCGACGAAAAAUAAGCGAAGAUAAAAAAAAAAAACUUAUCGUUCGACUGUCCCACGGCUCUUUCCUCCUCGUUCGGCGUUCCAUUUUCAUUAUUAUUUCAAUGUAAUAAUAAAGUUGAUCGAGGAAUUCCAAACUCACGUGCGGUUGCGCGAAGUGACCAUCCUGAUUUUAUUGCUUUAACCGCCGGACGAUACUUCUAUCGCCGGAUCUCGUUUUGGGAUUUUUGACUUAAAUUCGUCCCAUAUCUAAGAAAAAUUAUAGAAAAAUUGGAAAAUGAUCUUUACUCAGUUUUAGUUCUUUUUUUCCUCUCUCUUUUACUGUUUGACACCUCAUUAUAAUCACGGUACACACAAACGUGAAGUGAUACACUCCGGAAGUAUGUCAUUGUUAUCUCGUCACCAUACACGGUAAACGAUUAGUUUAAGCCGUUGUAUAGAGCUUUAUAUGAUCAUAGUGAAUGGCUUAACUCGACAUUUUCUGAUUCAUUCUACGCACUCAUGUUAUUCUGAAAAAAAGUGUUUUUCAUUUGUUAUGUUUGAAUUAAUGGAGCUAGAUUAUAGUGACGUCAUCAUUAUCAAGCUGGUGCAACUUGUUGCUAGCUAUCGGGAAUGUAUUGUCUUAUUUUGUAUGCCGUUGCUAUAAGCCAGUAAUAUGGCCGAAAAACAGGGGGUCGGUUUAAGAACACUAUUUAGGGGUCGGUUUAGGAACACCUUUUGGGAGUCGGUUCAGGACUAACCCGACUAUUUCAAAAAAUCGAAUGUCGUGGACAUUCAAUGUAUAUAGCUUAUUUUUUUUAUGGAUUUUGCAAUUUUUCGCCAUCUAAAAGAACGUGUAACUCAUUUUCGAUACCGGGCAAAAAUCUAUUUUUUCCUUCUUUUGAGCACUGAUAACAAAAUGGCGCUAAAACGCUAGAAUUGAAAGAACAGGAAAAAAGGUCACCAUAUAACGAAAUUCUAAGCAUUGUGACGCCUUUUAUUUGACACUACUAAAAUUCGGUAGAUAGCGCCAUUAAUGAGAUCCAAGAGGUGGUCGGUUCAGGGCCACCGGUCGGAUUAGGACAACCUUCUCCUAUAACAAAUACGAUUGAUUUAGCUCAUCUCUGUUCUGAUUUAGCAUCAAUCGAUUUCAUUUUUUUUUAUAAUAAUUAUACGAGUACUAUUGAUACACCAAUUGGGGGAUAUCGCUGAAUAUAUAUAUAUAUAUAUAUAUAUAUAUAUAUAUAUAUAUAUAUAUAUAUAUAUAUAUAUUGUACAAAAUUUGAUUUCCUAGCUUCAACUUCAUUGACAAUUAUAAAAAAGAUAUAUCUCGAAAAAAAUGUCUAUUUUAACAAAAGAGUGCCAUAGGCUGAAUGCGAAAUACACUGAUAUUUAUUGUUGUAAACGAUUUGUACUAUUUGAAACUAGUGAGAGACUAUUUGAAUUCACGGUCUCUUUCAACUUUUCAACUGAUUAGUUAGCCAGCAAGCAACUCAUCGGCGGUUGACUUAUAUUUGACUUUGUUAUAUGUGUUUUGUUUCGAUUACGCUACUAUUAGCUCUAAACAAUCCGGGAUCAGCUAGGGAGAUACUACCACGGAUCUAAAUACUUUCGUGGCGGGGUCUUUAAUGGAACUUAUCCGGAAACAAUAAUUAUACUCGAUAAAAUUUUUACGGCAAGAUAUACACACACACAGUUUUUGAAACGAAGAUUUUGUACUGUCCACGUAUUGGACAAUAAAAUAUACAGAAUAGAAAGAAAGUAAUAAUAUUAAAAAUUGGUGCUUUUAUUAAAAAAAUAUAUCGAAAAUAAAUGGCAUUGGAUUACGAAUUGACAAAGAGAUGCAAAACAUAAAACAACCGCUAAUUGUUGCUUAUAGCGCAAAGUUUACACUGAGAUACAACUAAAUGUUAGAUUGUCUCAACGCAGAGGAAAAUGAUUGCCAACAUUGUAAAAGAAUCUUCCUCCUUCGCCACUUGUAAAUCGUUUUUUUUUUCUAACGCGGAAGGAAUUAGAAUAAUGUUUUAUCUCGUAUGCUGAACAGAAUGUCUCCCUUCCUUUAUCUUUUAAACUAAAAUAUAGUAUGUAUAACACAUCAAAUGAGGUAGGAGCAGGACCAUCGUGGAAGUAAUAAGCCGUCGCAAAUAUCUAUGUUCAGUCAACCUCGAAUCAAAGAAAUGAAUACGGAACGCGUAAGUAAUAUCGGAUAUCAAACUGAUGACUAGAACAGGAAUGGUAGAGCAAAAUAUGGUGGUAAUUCAAUUUUUGUGAAUUUAUCGUUAAAUAAGCUAUAUUCGUAAAAUAUUUCGCAAUCCUAUUUCUAACGUGACAAAUGCGAAGUAAUGCAGAAAACGUCAAAUAUAUAUAUAUGGAAAACAGAA